ACCCCGCCUCCCCCCGGACACGGAAGUAGAAUGACGGAGUGUGUUGUGAUUAAAGUUUGUAAGGUGGAGAAAAUGGAGAAUCUUAAUAUAAGGUGUUGACGGCUAUCGUUAAACAUUUGUUACAUCGAAAUCACAGCCAUACACGCGAAUACACUGGUAUUUAACUUUUUUGUAUCUAAGGUAAUUAUGUGAUUUAUGACCAUCGCAGUGUUGUCAUCGUCGACACGACGGAAGAUAGCAGAAAAUGGGACUCGUCUGUGUAUGAGUGAUUAUAAUCGCAUUAAUGACAGUGCCACAUUACACUAGAAAUAUACAUUACUAUCGUCGCUGACAAAGUCGCUGACAUGGAUUGUGCGGUGCUGGAACAAGAUGCCGUGAAAUUUGCCAAAUCCGCUGUCUUCUACGAUCAAAAGGGAAAAUAUAAUGAAGCUGUGUUUUAUUACAAGGAAGCGGCCCAAGCGCUGAUCUAUGCCGGCAUGGCGGGCUCUAAACUGGAGAAUAUCCAGGACAAAGUCAAUGAGUAUCUGGACAGAGUUGACGCUCUGCACACCGUAGUGCAGGCACAGAGCAGUGACCCCCUCAAAUCCAAGCAUCAAUUGGAUCUCGAAAGGGCUUAUUUCCUAGUGACCCAGGCCUUUGAAGAGGAUGAGAAAGGCAACAGUGACGAGGCAGUGGAGCUAUACACACAAGCUGUGGAACUGUGCAUUCAGGCGUCUAAUGAGACAUCAGACCAAGGCCUACAGGGGAAAUUGAAACAGCUGGCCCGCCAAGCUCUGGACCGGGCUGAGGGGCUAAAGGCCUCCAUGUCUAAAAGCACUCCACGGGAAAAAGCAGGACCCUCUGCACCCAAACCCAGUAACCCAGUGAGGCAGUACCUGCCCCUGGGCCCGGAUUUCUCCCUGCAGGACCGGACGCAGCCUGUGAGGUCAGCCCAGUCCAGUGAGCCUCAGGGUCAGCGGUACACAGCCGAGGAGAUCGAAGUGCUCAGGAGUACUUCCAGGAUCAAUGGGAUUGAAUACGUGCCGUUCAUGAGUGUUGACCUGAAGGAGCGUUUUGCAUUUCCCGUUCCAUUCACAGACAAGCGUGGCAACCUGGCCCUGUCCCCCAAACAGAAAGCCAUCUUCUCGCGUUGGGUUCGGCCUGACGAUAUCUGCAACAGCCCCACAAUGAUUUUCACUGUGUCCAGCUUCAGCAUCAAACAAACGGUUGUGUCAGACUGCUCGUUUGUCGCAUCUUUAGCCAUCAGUGCAGCGUAUGAGAGACGCUACAGCAAGAAAUUAAUAACCAGCAUCAUCUAUCCGCAGAACAGGAAAGGAGAGCCAGAAUACAACCCCUGCGGGAAAUACAUGGUCAAGCUGCACAUUAAUGGCGUCCCCAGGAAGGUGAUCAUCGAUGACUACUUGCCUGUGGACCGCAACGGAGAGCUGCUGUGCUCCUACUCCAGCAACCGGAACGAGCUAUGGGUGUCGCUCAUUGAGAAGGCUUACAUGAAGGUGAUGGGAGGGUACGACUUCCCCGGCUCCAACUCGAAUAUUGAUCUGCACGCUCUCACCGGCUGGAUUCCGGAACGCAUCGCUAUGCACUCAGACAAUCAGUCCUUCAACAAGGAUGACACCUUCCGCAUGCUCUACCAGAGGUUUCACAAGGGCCAUGUCCUAAUCACCACGGCGACUGGGGUGAUGACAGAUGAGGAGGGCGAGCGGUGGGGCCUGGUGCCAACACAUGCCUACGCCGUGCUGGACAUCAGGGAGUACAAGGGCAAACGCUUCCUCCAGCUGAAAAACCCCUGGAGCCACCUGAGGUGGAAGGGGCGCUUCAGUGAGCGGGAUGAGAAGAGCUGGACCCCCGAGCUGCUCAAAUACCUCAACUUUGACCCCAAGACCGCACAGAAAUUUGACAACGGCGUCUUCUGGAUCACCUGGGAAGACCUUUGUCAGUACUACGAUGUUGUCUACUUGAGCUGGAGUCCUGCCCUGUUCAAGGAGUCUUCCUGCAUCCACAGCAGCUGGGAUGGAAAGCAGGGACCCGUGAAGGAUGCCUACAGCCUAGCCAACAACCCUCAGUACAAACUGGAGGUUCAGUGCCCACAAGGGGGCGCUGCAGUCUGGGUGCUACUCACUCGGCACAUCACAGACAAGGACGACUUUGCACAAAACCGGGAAUUUAUCACCUUAGUUGUGUACAAGACAGAUGGGAAGAAGGUUUACUAUCCCACUGAACCUCCUCCCUUUAUUGACGGGAUUCGGAUCAAUAGUCCGCACUACCUGACUAAGAUGAAGCUGACCAGUGGAGGGACCCACACCUUCACCCUGGUGGUCUCUCAGUAUGAGAAGCAGAACACAAUCAACUACACGCUGAGGGUGUACUCUGGAUGCAAGUUUAAUUUCUCCAAGAUCCCAACACCCUUCACUCAUUCAAAGAGGAUAAACGGGCAAUGGAAAGGAGCUAGUGCUGGGGGGUGUGGGAACUACAAAGAGUCUUACAAACACAACCCCAUCUACCAGUUCAACCUGGAGAAAGCAGGGCCUCUGCUGAUUGAGCUGAGAGGGUCCAGGCAGUACAGUGUUGGGUUUGAGGUCCUGACCGUGUCCACUGUGGGAGACCCAGGACCCGCUGGCUUCCAGAGGAAAAGCAGUGGAGAUUAUCGGUGUGGUUUCUGUUACAUGGAGGCUGACCAUGUUCCGGCUGGCGUUUACAACGUCAUUCCUACCACGUUCCUGCCCAAGCAGGAGGGUCCGUUCUUUUUAGACUUCAGCAGCGCUUCGCCCCUCCGAGUGUCCCAACUCCAGUGAGGGGUGCCCUUGUCCUCAGGAUGCCCCAGCUGGCCGAGGCGGUACCCAAUACCUGAAGGUCAAUGCAUGGCCUCCCCUCGUCAGCCUGUGCAGGACACACGGGCUAUAGGACACACUCGCUUGGCAUGGUGGAGUCAAGCAUUUCACUGGACAGAGCAGCGGAUUUUAUUAAACCAAAAAAAAAAAGAUUCAGGACAAUAGAACUUCCUAUGCGGCUGUUGGACGGAGAGAAAAUCAUUUGUCUUGCCAUAUAUGGUAUGAUUAUACCCCCUUCAUAAUGUGCUAUUUUCAUUGAUUUUACUGGUUCCACCAGCAUGACAACUAUGUUCCCUGACUUCAUUCAAAUUAAUUAAAUAGUGUUCAUUCACAUUUAGUCUAGUGUACCAGAGGCUUAGAGCCUUUCCAGUGCUUAUCAGAGGCUACCACAGUGUGAGGAUAAAUUGAUUCCACUGUAACAAAUGAAGUGAUAUAAAGGGAAGCAUUCAAAACUGGCUGUGCUAGCUUUUCUCAGGAGACAGAAACAAACACAGGGAGCUGUUUCUUGAAGACAAUGUCUGCUUUUGCUCAGUGGCUUAAAUACUGCACUUAUUUGCCCAAUGUAUAAACAUGCAUACAUUA